AUGUCUAUUGCUUCAUCUUGUGGAUCGCUUCCUCCUGUAAAAAGUGAUUAUGAGCCAAAGGGCAUAAUUACAAAAGUUUCUGAUCUAGAUGUCUAUUGUGCAAUUCCUGACUCAUUCGCUGAAGCUCAAACUAAAAAUGCGGUUAUCAUCUGUUAUGAUAUUUUUGGUUUUCAUGAAAACGUAAAACAAUUUUGUGAUAUAUUAGCAUCUCAAGGAUUCCUUGUUGUAUUACCCGAUUAUCUUCGAGGGGAUUAUUGGACUACUGAAAGAUUCGCGAAGGAAGGAAAUCAGUUACGUGAUUGGCUAAAAACAAAUGCUCCUCCUGAAAAAGUUCUUCAACUCACUACUCCAGUUGUAGAGCAUAUUCGUAAAGAACAUAAAGUUCAAAAUAUUGGAUAUAUAGGAUUCUGUUGGGGUGGCAUGAUUGCUUCUAAACACUGCAAAGAUCCUGCAUUCGACGCUUGUAUAUUAAUUCAUCCAGGAUUUUUGGAUAUUGAAGACUUUAAGGAGAGUCAAUGUCCUAUUGCGUUUAUACCUUCUAAAGAUGAACCUGAUCUUGAAAGCCAAUUUGUUAAAGAUCCAGUUCUUACCAGCAAACCAUAUGCUAGCAAAAUCGUUCAUCGUAGAUUUGAUAACCUUCACCAUGGUUUUGCAGGAGCUAGGGGUAAUUUUAAAGAGCCGGCUAAUGCUGAAGCUGUAAACGAAGUUACUUCAAUUUGUGUUAAGUUCCUUAACGAAAAUUUGG